CUUCUUGCCAUGACCUACCUUCAAACCUUUCAAUCCGAUCGAUUCAGAGGACUUGUGAUUAACAGAAUCGACUACCUGAGAUCUCGGACGACUGGACCGUUAGAUGCAUAUUCUACGAUUACGUGACCGGACAGGGGCUUCCCCACUCGCCUUGCACAAACGUUACAAUGGCUGUAUCGCCUGCCACGAUUCAUGCAUUCAUUGAGCAUACUCUGAGAGGUCGGGAUCUCGCCGUAGGUUUCGACCUCAUCUUGCAGGGUGUGAUGUUUGCGCAGCUUGCGCGCUACGUGUCAGCUGGCUUCCACCGCACAGAUAGAACCAUCUUGCGAGCGUGGGUCGCAGGACUGUGCGUGCUUACGCUGACGAAGAACUUGUACGAUCUAUGUUUGACGCAGGCUCAGAACACGACGUGGUUUCUGGACUCUUUUGGCGUCCUAGCGGAUUUCUUCUCGGCCAAGUUCGCUGCCAGCUACUGCCUUGACGUCCUUGUUGUGUUGUAUGUGCAGCUGUUCUUCUGUUGGCGACUAUGGAUGCUCAGCAGAAGUGUGUGGCUCCCUCUGAUACUCGCCGUGUUGUUCGUGGCGCCGGCGGUUUGUGGCUUCAUUUCAAUCUUGACAAGGAUGAGUUUGGAAGGUAUCACGGACCUGGCUGCUGCAUAUCUGAGCCUGUAUUUUGCCGGGGACACGAUUCUGUGUGCAUCCAUCACAUUUUACCUCGUUAGAGUCGCCCGUUCGAAUGAAGGCUUUCGCCACACAUCUAGUAUUCUAACGCGACUGAUUCGCAUCACUAUCCAGUCCACCCUCCCCUCGGCGGCCUGUGCCCUGAUUGCUCUCGCUGCAUCCCAGUCUGCCGACGAUUCACCCUCUGACGCGACGCAAGUCAUCACCAUCAUCGUGCUGAACAUUCUCCCUAUGGUCUACGCGUUCUCGGCCAUGUGGACUCUGAAUUCCAGGCGCAGUCCGAAGGAACAGGAGACGGGUCACGGAAAGACGCCGAGAAUAUUGAUUGUAACAGGCGGGUCGUUCGCAGAAACCGCGGAUUGAGUUGUUCGACAGUCGGAUUCUAUGAGAAGCUGCACCUGGAGACACAGAUCUUGCACUGGUACUACGCUUCUA